GGCUGUCAGCGUUUGCAAACAGAUACAGUAUGGAUGAUGAGCGGACUGAGGAUUCUUUGCUGGGAGAAGAUGGAGAUCUGUGCAGUGACCGGGAACAGAAGUGCAAAGCGUUUGCCAGCAUUGCAGGCUGCGACCCUGGGGUGGCUCAGUGCUAUCUGGCAGAGAAUGACUGGGAGCUGGAAAGAGCUAUUAACUCCUUCUUUGAACCGGGAGUGGAGAGCAUCUCACAAGAGGGAAGGUCAAAUCAAGAGCCACAGGAGGGAAAUAGAAGUGAACAAACCACGUCUGAAGGACAACAAAUCAUAGAUCUGACCAGUGAUGAGCCCGUUGUUGCACAAACCUCUGAUACAGCAAACCACACUACAGUGAGCCCGAAAGAUGAAAGCCAUUUUAUCUUUGUCACUUGGAAUAUUGAUGGGCUUGACUUAUCCAAUCUUCCAGAAAGAGCUCGAGCUGUUUGUUCAUAUUUAGCUUUGUACAGUCCAGAUGUUGUGUUUUUACAAGAGGUUAUACCUCCAUUUUAUGACUAUCUAAAGAAGAGAGCUGUUAGCUACACAAUCAUUACAGGAAAUGACAAUGAAUACUUCACUGCCAUAAUGUUGAAAAAAUCCAGAGCUACUACACUAGUAAGCCAAGAAAUUAUAAGUUUCCCAACAACUUCCAUGAUGAGGAAUUUACUGGUGGCGAAUGUUAAACUUUGUGGCAGUGACAUCUGCCUCAUGACUUCCCACUUAGAGAGCACCAAAGACCAUGGAAAGGAACGGAUGAAGCAGCUGGGCAUUGUACUACAGAAGAUGUUGGAGGUUCCGCCAUCAACCACAGUGAUAUUUGGUGGAGAUACUAACUUAAGAGACAAAGAGGUUGAAAAGAUAGGUGGCCUUCCCAGUCCCAUCUUGGACAUCUGGGAAUUUCUGGGGAAGCCAGAACACUGCCGUUAUACAUGGGACACAAAAAUGAACAACAACCUAAAGGCUUCAUACACCUGCAGGCUGCGCUUUGACCGAAUACUGUACCGCUCUGCUUUAGAUGGCGUCCAAGUAAUUCCUCACGCCUUGGAAUUGAUUGGCACUGAAAAACUUGAUUGUGGUAGAUUCCCUAGUGACCACUGGGGAUUACUGUGUGAUUUUGAUGUGAUUUUAUGA